AUGACUCUAACUCAAGAUAAGAGUAGUAGAUAGUACCCCAGAUUGCUUGCUAGUGAAGGUUCAGAGAACCAGAAGGUUAAGUUCUAGAAAAUUGAAAUGCUGGAUAAGUUUUUGAGAAAAGUAGAAACCAGCUUCGUUCUAAAGAGUUUGCAUAAGACAAAUAGUGAGAUACAUAGUUUCAGAUUAAUUAAGAUCCAGGAUGCUCCAUUUAGAUAAAGAAGGAAAAGUGAGUGUGAUGGAGUCGUCUCUGAAAAAAUUCAAAACAUAGAUAUGAAGUACCCAAAAACAACAAUUGAGCAACACCAAUUUCUAGAUAGAGUCAAAGACUUACGCAGAAGAGCCAUAAAGGGAAGAAUGAAGACCAAAUUUUAGAAAUCUUUCAAGAAAAUAGAUACAACCAAACCUAGCUAAUUCAAUCCGCAACAUCAACACACUAUGUCAACUCGCGAUUCCAUUUUCGGGAGUUUGCAAGACAUCAAAGUAUACAGGACCUUUGCCAAAGAUCGCCCUUACUAUUAACGACCAUUGGAGAAAAAAGGCUCUGACUUAAUGUCUGAUUCCCCCAGCACACCUAGCUUUCAUAUUCGAAGAGUAACAUAGAAAUUAGGCUUCGCUUCAAAAUAAUAAUAGUUUGUACUGCUAUAAUUGAACAAGUACAACCCCAAAAUUUUUGAACAAUUAAAGAAAGAUUCCAUACUUAAGAUCCUUUCAGAAACUAAAGAAACCUAGCCUUAAACUCCUGCUCCUCCUUAAACUGCCUCCACAAUCUAACACAAAUUUUAACCUUAUUUUUGUCAUCAUAAGACUAUGAAUCUAAAAAAAUCUUGCAUCGCCUCUUCUUCUUAAAGACUUAAGACGGUGUUCUGA